GCUGUUGUUAUAAGCAGUCUGUGUCGACAGCCGAAACUCAUUAGUCCUCCAGAGUCCGUGUCGGUCCAAUUCAAUUCUCCUAGAGCUUUCAGUUUUGGUUCAUGCCCUGCUUUCGCGUCUUCGCAUCCGUAUCCGCGGUUCUCGAGCUUUUAAAAUGAGAGAGCACUCGCCCUUGCGGGUUUCGUUGCGAUUGCAGUUGCGUUCGAAAGGAGAAGUGUCAUUGCCGUUGCGAGAGCUGGCCGAAUGAGCCGUGACCCGAGCGUGCCCCGCGGUGCGACGAAAAUACCUUCCUAGUGCAACAAAUAAAAGACAUUUUAUUUUUAGGUCUAGUUUUCUAUCUCGCUGUCAGUCGAGCUGCAGUCGGAGCCCCGAAUCAGCGUCGCGUCUUUUGUUCCCGCGAGUGUGACACAAGUGCUGAACUUGGAUCUUUUUCCCCCGUGUAGUGUCCCCCGAUCGCCACCCUGGCUAAGUCGUUAGAUAAAAUCCUCAGAAGGUUUGGAAUGAGGGCAGAUUUACAAUCGUUCAUCAGGCACACAUCUUCCGAUCACUUCUCAGAAAGCAGUAUUUAGUAAUCGAGGGAUGAGACUUGCUUGAGCUCGCUCCAUCCUUCCGCUACCCUCACCUGUUUGGUACGCAAGCUUUUCGUUUAGCCCCGCCAGUUUUUGAGUUUUCUCCCCCUACCCUCUCCGCAUUUCGGAAUCGCUUUUUCUGAAGUUUUUCGUUUCCCGUUCUUCGCCUGUCCCCGCUACUCUCGCUGUACCUGCCCGGAAGAAGGAAUUCGUAUCGAUCAUCCCAGGAAGAAGCACCAUGGCUCCUACCAGUCUCGUCACCGAGAGGGCCCGAAAGGACUCAGAGUCCUCCGAAGACGAGGUCUUCUACAAGGAACCCAAGAAUGUCGGCUUCAAGACAAAUGUAUUCAAGGGUCUCGUUGUGUGUCUGGUUGGCCUACCAGCGCGCGGGAAAACCGUGCUCGCUCAUAAGCUAGCUAAACAUCUUCAUUGGAUCGGUUACAAGUCUAAAGUGUUCAGUGUGAGUUACUAUCGAAGGAAGCAUAUUGAACUUUACGACAGUCAUGAGAUUUUCAGGAUUGACAACACUGAGGCGUUAGAAAUCCGCCAACUAAGCGCUCAUGAAGCCCAAGAAGACGCCACUGAGUGGCUCCAAGCUGAAGGCGAUGUUGCUAUUUUGGAUGGCACACAUGCCACCCCAACGAUUAGGAAAGAAGUCUAUGACCAUUUCGUGAAGCAGAUGGGAUUUAAAGUACUCUUUGUGGAAUGUAUUUGUGAUGAUGAAAAGAUUUUGGACAAAAAUGUGAAAGAAAUUUUGCAAUUCAGCAAGGAUUAUAAACACAUGAGUGCUGAAAAAGCUUUGGAUGACUUCCAUCAUAAAAUUGAACACUACAUGGAACAGUACGAAACAAUCUGCCCCAAAGAGGAGGCUGCGUACAGCUACAUCAAAAUUUUCAACGAAGGUGACAACAUGUCUGUGCACCGAUUAAAUGGUUUUCUGCAGAAUCAAAUUUUGAGCUACGUUUCAAAUUUCAGACCAGCUCCAAGGACAUACUACUUCUCCAGACAUGGAGAGAGUGAAUUCAACGUUUUAGGCCGUGUCGGCGGAGAUGCAGAUCUAUCAUGCCGAGGCCGCAAGUAUGCUGCAUCUUUGGCUCGAUACUUCAAUGAUGCCGGAAUAUCUGGUCUGCACAUUUGGACAAGUGAGAAGAAGCGUACCAAACAGACAGCUCAGAACAUCAAAGCUCCCAAAGAACAUUUGGCUGCCUUAAAUGAACUUGAUGCUGGCAUUUGUGAGGGAUUGAGCUAUGAAGAAAUGCAAGACAAGUUCCCUCAAGAAUUUGCCUGGAGAGAUCAGGAUAAGCUUCGAUACCGGUAUCCGUGGGGAGAGUCCUACAUGGAUAUCAUGUCCAGGUUGGAACCAGUUCUCCUGGAGCUGGAGCAAGAGGACAAUAUCCUAGUGAUAAGUCAUCAGGCAAUUCUGCGAUGUAUUCUUGGAUACUUCCUGAACAAGAAAUUUGAGGAGCUGCCAUACAUCAAUGUUCCACUGCACACCAUCAUCAAACUGACAACUUUUGGCUACAAAUGUAAAAUGGAAGUAAUCAAAUUAGACGUGGAAUGUGUCGAUACUUAUCGCCAUCAACCAAAGAACUGCUCUGUCGAACGUUCGCCAGAGGAUGCUCUGUUAACUGUGCCAGCACACUUCGAUGCUCUGUCUUUGGCAGCUCUCACUAACUGGGUCAAAGCCCAACCUCCACUCAUAGAGCAGCACUGAGCAUGGCCAGUUGAUGUGAGCAGAAUGAUUCCUGCUCCUUUUUUCCUCCUUUCAUAUACAACCUAUUUUUAAGUUUUACUUUGCAAGCAAUUUAAUUUUCAUAAAAGUGUUCUGAUUUGUCUUUACUUUAACCUUGCAUUACGUGUGUUUUAUCCCUCACUAUCUUUUAUGUCAGUUUAGAUCACUGUCAGUAGAUCAGUAAUACUAGAAUAUAGUUCUUAGCGAAGCAUUCUUGUGGGAAAGCUAACGGUGCGCUUAUUACUCUCCCAGCUCAAGAGUAUCUCUCGGAAACCCUUCAUUAUCAAACAACUGUCCAUUUUUUAAUGGAGCAGUUGCUAAUAAAGAUAUAUUUGUCAGCUCAAUUUAUGAUAUUCUUGAGUCUUGUGGGUGAUGUAAGAUUUAUCUCCAAGUCUCGUGCGCUUGAUGUAACCAACAACAAUCACUGGCCGAUUUUACCUCUAAAACGUCUGGAAAAGAAUCUCACAAAGUAAAUUUUUGGGACGGACAGGCCGUGCCUUUCAUAUGUCACUUCAACCCGGUGCGCUUAAUCAAAAAUCCAACCAACCUAGGCGAGUUUCUACAACUUACAACAAAGCUACUAAGUAGGCAGAUUUUACAAAGAUUCGAAAGUAACUUGUGAAUUUGAUUAAGGAAUUAGUGACUUCUUACAAUUGACUUACACAACAAUACACAGUCAGUAAUGAAAUCUAUCAAGCUGUCCUAGUCUCAAAAAUUUGCCUUAAGCACGGAGCACCGCAGACUUUUUGAGAGUACGUUGUUUCUUUGGCUCUGCAAUUUCAAGUUCAAAUUUUCAACAACCCCACCCCCAUUGUUUAUAAAGCAGAAGAAAUAUGAGGACAUUCAAGCGCAAGUUUUUCAACUCCCACCUAUUUUUUGUAUACCUCACAAAUUGUGUCUACCUCAUUUUCUCUGGUGAAUAAUAAUGUUUAAAUGGGUAUUCGUGGAUACGUUGAUUUGUAACUGCUUGCUAUGUACUUCUCAUCAAAAAGUAUACAGUUAAUUUUCUUCUCAAUAUGAAAGAAUGUUUCCGAAGUGUCAUCAGAGUACCAUUCAAAGCAGGUGCAAAAAAUCUAGUUCGUUUGAAUAAGUAUUUUAGAACAUAAUUUGAGCUAUUUUACUAAAGCCCUGAAUGUGUGACGCUUCUGUUCCUUCAAAGUUGAAGAAAUUACUGAUCUUCUCCAUCAAGCAUAUUCAAGUACAUCUACGAAAAAUGGUUGCAAGCUAUUUAAGUCCUCUUAAACAGAGAUGCUUCUAAAUAGAGGUUGCUUCAUAUUUUGUGUGAUUUUUUAAGUGAAUUGACUAAGAAAAUAUUGAAAAGUUCAGCUUUUUCUGAUUGCAUCACCAAAAUAAGAUUUUUGUUUAGCUUUUGAAAUGAAUUUGCAAUGACCAACUUUUUCCCAAAAGUGACUGCUCCCUCUUUUGGUUGAAGUCCUAGCGCAUGGGUAGAAACCUACUUAAUUGAAAUAAGUCAAUGAUUUACUGAUAAUAAUUGUUGCAUUUUUAAUUCUUUUUUAUUGAAUAAUUCUAGGUAUACUUUACUUUCCUAGUAUUAAUUUAUUUUAAUUUUUUGCUCAACUGGUCAUUUUUUAGAAAUUUUUUUUUUUCUGUCAUUGUUCUGAAUUUGACGUACACUCCUGCUAAAUCAACCCAUGUUAUAAAGUAAUGUCUAUUCAUUAAAAUUAUGUUCCAUAGAGAGUAUCUAAUCCGCUUUUUUCUGUAUAUCUAGCAGAACCUUCUGAAAUUAAUUUAGGUGAUUUGUGUAGUGUGAGAUUAGUACCUACUUCUUGAGUAUUCAAAUUUAAUUUAGAAAGAACCUCAACUAAGUAAAUCCUUGAAGACCUUUUUGCCCAACAGCAUCAACUAAAUUUUAACAACAUUCCUGUGCAAAUAUCAGUCUCAAAUCCCUAGAAAUACUAUACUCUCAAUGGACAGACUCAACAUCAACUAUGUAAAGAGGAUUUUGUCUAUUAAAUGUCUAUCUAAUAUUAUUCAAUUGGAAGUAUAAUCAAAUUAGAAUUGUUCUUAGCAUUCCUUCCAUCUUAAUGUAUCCAAGUCCUGACCGAAAAUUGUUAAAAUUCAACUCUGUAAUCUCAAUGUACUACGUAUAUUGUGCUCUUAAGAUUAAAACUCAUUCAAAAGCCCUCAACGAGAUCAAUCGAAUUCCAUGGAGUAUGGAGGAAAAAUAAACUUCCAGUUCUCUUUGGUUGAAGGCACCCAACAUCUAACUUUGGUGGGCAUAAAUAGUGUCAAUUAUUUCCAUGAGCAUCGUGUGUACUGGAUUAAAUGUUAAUUGUUUAUUUUUAUUGAAUAUUGAAAAGUUCAUUUAGAACCUAUACGACUCUACUGAGAUCUGCGAUACUCAACGUUGGGGAUACCCACUUGAGGACACCCCUCUUGACGCAGUCAUAAAAGAUAAAGAUAUGCUGCAUACAUGGGUGCUUUACCAUAAGCACUCAUUCUUUUUCUGUGUGUACACUUUUGUAUGCGCAUAUAAAAUGAUCUCGUGCUGCCAAACAAAAAGCAGUUAUAUUAUUUUUUGAAUUAACUCAAUCGUCCAAUACUUAUUUUUGAAGCCACACUUGUCUGUUGUGUUUAGUGAUUAUUCAAAAUUUCCUCAUCCAACAUCUGCUUCCUUACAAGUGAAUCUUUUUUUUCUCUAUAAAAUACUUUUCAAUCAAAUAAGUUCUCUGUGUCAAAAAUGUCCGUGUCGCUAACUAAAAAAAUUUCAGCCCAUAGAACUCAUAAUAUCAUCCCUGUGAAAAUUUUUUCCUGAUUGUUAUGUCUGUUUUCAGAUCAAUCACCAAAUUUUAUUGAUUUUUCUCUCUUAAAAGUGUUUAUUUUUAUUUACAUAAGGCUGUAGUAGAGAGAAUCCAACUUAACUUUGUCCUCAAUGUACUUGUUAAAAGUUAUUUUUAGUAAACAGAGCACACUUUUAGUGCUAUUUUUUUUUUAAUAUUAUUGUUCUUUACACACUUCCUUCAUAGAUUUAUGUUUAUUUUUAUCUCUUGUGCGAUUUUAUGGCUAAAAAUACUCCUUUGAUAAUUUGUCCUCUGUUGUAAAGGCUUGACAAUUUUUAUGACUUUCAUGAAAAAUUCGACUGAAAAUCAAUCUUCAUCUGAAAGAAAGUAAUUUGAUUUCCAGCUGAGAGAUAUUAGCUUCGAAAAAAAUGAAUGCAUGCUCUUUUUGUCUUUCAGUUUCUCUUUAAACGAAGAGUCAUCAUUCUUGUCAGCAAUUCCUUUUCGGAAAAUAUUCUUUGAGAUGCUUACAAAGAAAGCAAGAUUUAGCAGUUUGAGACCCACUGUCACAAAACAAGCUUAAUAUAUCUCACUCAUAUUCUCCUUUCCAACCAUACUUUUCCAUCAAUUGCCAUCUUAGUUCGGUCAUCAUGUGUAAUGACCAUUUUUGUUCUCCUCUGUUUAAAUGUUGAAACUAGUUUAUUGCUAUUAUUAAAUUUAUUUUUAUAAUUUACUCUCAAUUUAUGUAAGUCUUUUACUUUAUGAUCAGUUACAUUUUGAACAGAGACUCAUAAGAGCUAGUUGAACUGUGAUUAUUAUUUUUAGUCCUAACUGCUUCCAAUUAAAUGAAAAAAGUUUUCAAACAGCUGGAAAAUAAUUGAAAAAAACAAAAAAUUCUUGAAAAGAAACUAAAAAGUACAAUUUUUACUUAAAUAUAACUGAAGAGCAAUAUUGGAUGAAGUUGCUAUCUGUAUUUAGGUUGUAUUGGUAAGUUUAACAGUAUUUUUUUUAAGAAUUAUGUACCUUUAAGUUCACACCUUUUGUCAAUGAUUGUGAAACUUAAUUAAAAAUUCCCAAAAAUACAAAAAUAUGUAAAAAAAA